UUAUUGGACUACUAGAGCUUCAGUUUACCAGGUCUUGCUAGCUGUUACUAUUGGAUCCCUCUGAAUAUGUAUAUAACACGCAAACAUAGUUCUUAACUAUGGUUUUAGCUUAGGUGUCAAUAUAUUUGCUUGCUUAAUUAAAACAAAUUAACUUUUAGAGAAACGACGAUGUUAUGUCAGUUGAUGGCUUAGCUUAGUAAUAACUUUAUAAUUAAUCAAAAGGAUGAUUGGAGAAGGAUUAGUGGAAGAAGUUUGUAGAUGGGAAGAUGGUCCCCUGUCCAAGGACCAUUCCUAUAAAGAUAUCACAAAAUAAUUAAAAGUGAGAAAUUAUAUAUACGUUCAAUGUAGAAUUCGACCAGCAGACAAGUGAUGCAUCGUGUAAUAAGAAUUGUUAAAAGAGCAUCUUUUUCUACAUUAUAAAAGCUGGGACAUCAGAAGCCAUUAUUGAUUUCAUCACUGUUUUUGUUUAAAUAACUCUGGACUUAUACACCUAUUUCACAAUAGUUUGUAACACGUAUUGUGCAAAUCCUCUAAGCAAUCAUGAUUGACGAAUCUUAUUUGUUAGUCGCGAAUGUAGCCAAUACAUUCCAUAAAUCAACAAAAACGUGUUUUUUUUUUGAACUUAACAAAAACGUGUUUAAUGUCAGAAAACAUGUGUGUACCACAUUGUUUUGAAAAAAAAAUCUACAUAUUUAAAGUUGAGAUGGUUUUAGUAUCAUCAGGAUUUGAUCUUUAAAAAAUAUCAUCAGGAAUUGAUCUGCACCACCAGUCUUUACAGAAACAUAACACCACGAUGGACUUCACAUUUUCAAGAAAGAACUGGAACAAUCAGGAAAAACUAUACAAAUAUUUUACCAAAAAAACUAUACAAACAUGAUUUAUUUUAACAUCAGAAUCAAAACUAUUAGUUUUUAUAUUUUACAGUAACUAAAUGACUUGUGUUCUAGAAAUGUGUUCCGCCAAAUGAUUAUUAUAGUUCAUCCAAGUUUCAAAUCACAUGAAUUACAAUUUAAUCAUAAUUUAUGCAAAGUUAAACGAAGAAAAUUUUAAAUAAUAUAAACAAAAUCGUAAAUUUCACAAACUGGUUCGGUGCGGUGAAAGUAUAGCUCAAUAUGGUGCAAGUAGUACUGUCAUAUCUUAAUCCUCCUAAAACCUAUUCUUUUUGUUUGCAGUGUCGUCUUGUAAAUGACUUCAGUGGAUUAACAAACUUGAAACACACAAGGGAAUGAGCAACGAAUCACACUUGAAAGUUCCUCUUAACCAAAUGCUAAUUUUCUCUUGCUGCUUCAUCCUUCUCAAGAAGAACAAGGCCCAAUACUAAUACCAAGCCCAAUCUCAAGGCCCAACAGAACAAAUCGGAUUAAAAAAAAAACAAUAAAUCGAAAAUAAAACAAAUAUGCCGCAAAAAAGCCGCUUCGUCUUCUUCUUCUUCACCACUCCAACCAGUCACAGUCCCAGUCAUACGUCACUCGCCAGCUCUCUCUCCACCGCCCUCUUGCUCCUCCUCCGGAUCAAACAUUCCACCUCUCCGUCAAACCCAUCUCGAGGGUCUAACUCUAUAAUGGAUGAUCACACUCACAUCGAAAAGUCACAACCUUUGAGCAGAAAGAGAUCGAGAAGACCCAAAAGGCUAGACUUUGUCGGGUGGGGCUCGAAGAAUCUGAUCCACUUUCUAAAAUCACUCGGUAGAGACACCACCGACAAGAUCUCUGAGUACGAUGUUACAUUCAUCGUGAGAAAGUACAUUCGUGAGGAGCUAACACAUCCUUCGAAGAAGAAGACAAAGAUAGUAACUUGCGAUGUGAAGCUGCGUUUGCUUUUCGGGUGUCAGAAGAUAAACGUGGCGAAGCUGCCUGACUUGGUGGCUAAGCAUUACGUUGAGAAUCAGGAUGGGGAAGAGUUUGAUUAUCUUUACAGCUCUGAGGAGGAGGAGGAUGAUAAGAAGGGGAGGUUGUGUUUAUCAGAUAAGGAGGUUGUGGAGAAGAAGCGUAGAGGGAGUGUUGCUGCGAUAGUGAGGGAUAACGUUAAGCUUUUGUAUUUGAGGAAGAGUUUGGUUGAGGAGCUAGCGAAGACGUGUGAGACGUUUGAGGGUAAAGUUGUGGGGAGUUUCGUGAGGAUCAAGAAUCCUUGUCAGCUUGUUCACGUGACAGGUGUGAAGGAGUGGAAUCCGAUUGAUGGUUACUUUCUUCAGGUUACAAACUAUUGUUAUUAUCUAAAGGAUGUUGCUUCCUCUGCACUAUCAGAUGAUGAUUUCACUCAGGAGGAAUGUGAAGAGUUGCAUCAGAGAAUGAAGAAUGGCUCUGUGAAGAGACUUACAGUUGUGGAUAUGGAAGAAAAAGUUAGAACUUUGCAUGAAGAUGUGACAAAACAUUGGAUAGCAAGAGAACUUGAGUUGCUGCGAAGGAAAAUUAAUCAGGCCAGUGAAAAGGGAUGGAAAAGAGAACUAUCUCAGUAUCUGGAUAGGAGGGAGCUUCUUAGCAAUCCGGAGGAAAAGUCGAGGCUAUUGCUUGAAGUUCCAGAAGUUAUUGCUGAAGAACCUGAACCUGAACGUGUAGAUGUUGAUGUGGACAUCGAGGAUGACUUCAUGGAACCAAACCAUGCGGCAUCCAUUGAGCCUCAUUAUGACGAAAAACAGGAACUAAAAGAUUCACCGGAAGCUGUUGCAGAAGAAUGUGUAGAUGUUGAUGUGAAGGUGGAAGAUCACUCCAUUGAAACUCCCAAGCUCCGUGAUGAAGAAGACCAACCACCAUGGGCUGCUUCUGCAGGUGACAAAGAUCUCAUUGAAGAAGACGUCAUCAUCACAAAGAACAACAAGGACUCUAUCUAUGACCAACCUCAAACUCAACCAAACUCAAUAGAGAUUAUUGAACUGAGCGAUGAGGAUGAUGAAGAGGAAGCUAAUGACAAUGGAGUUUACAAGCAGUGUGAUCCAAAGAAGAAGAUGUGGUGCUAUGAAAUGCCUAAAGGAGAAACGCAUGGACCAUUCUCCCUAGCAGAUCUCAAAGAGUGGAGUGACCAAGAAUACUUUGUUGACAUUCCAGAUUUCAAAGUCUGGAAGACAGGAAACAGCAUCGAAUCUGCAGUGCUCCUCACCAAACUCCUAUCUCAUGUCAAAGCCUAAUCCCAACAGAAACUUAUGUUUAUUGAAAACAUGUUCUUGGAGUUGUUUGUUUAUUUCUGUUAAGUUGGGAGUAACUGAUAUUUUUUGAAAACCUAUGUGUUACAUGUUCAAAAUCUGAAGGUAGAAUAAAGAUUUAUUGAUAGAAUAACUGGAUUCUUGAUUCAAAACAUAUGUAACAAGGACUAAUAUUGAGAUUCUUGAU